UGACUGACAUUUAAAUAAUUAUUGACAUAAACGUCACUGAGAAAGUUGGUAGUAUUUGUCAAGCUUGUACAUACGAAAUGGCAGACACAGAUGCACAAUUGAAAAGACUUUUACUCCCAGCAGAAGAAACAUUAUUUGAGCAAUUAUUAAGAUUUGGACUCUAUAUUGGUGCAGUGUUCCAAGUUAUAUGUUUAUUGGCAAUAGUAGUCUAUCAAGCUGGUCCUUCUGAUGGUGUAGCAGCUUUGAAGGAUGACCCCAGUGAUGUGGAAUGCUCUGAAAACAGUCCUCAGGUUACUCCAAGGAGACCUCACAGACCACGGAAGCAGGAAAAGAAGAAAAGACGUUGA